AUGGUGUCUGCAAAAGAAGCUAAACAACGUAUACUAGAGGAGAAUGAGUCUGCACGAGUCGACAUAAUGAAGCUCGAUUUGUGCUCACUCAGUUCAGUUACAUCCUUCGUCGACAAUUUCUUAGCUCUUGAUCUUCCCCUCAAUAUCGUGACAAACAAUGCUGGAGUAAUGUUCUGCCCCUUCAAACUCUCAGAGGAUGGGAUUGAGAUGCAAUUUGCAACAAACCAUCUUGGUCAUUUCCUAUUGACCAACCUGCUUCUUGAAAAAAUGAAACAAACUGCACAAGCCACUGGAAUAGAGGGAAGGAUCAUUAAUCUGUCAUCAAUUGCCCAUAACUACACUUACAGAAACGGGAUUAGAUUCAAUAAGAUCAAUGAGCAAAAAGGUUAUGGUAACAAGAAGGCGUAUGGACAGUCCAAGUUAGCUAACAUAUUGCAUACAAAUGAGCUUUCUCGUCGCCUUCAGGAUGAGGGUGUGAACAUCACAGCGAACUCGGUCCAUCCAGGAGUGAUAAUGACACCUCUUAUGAGACAUUCUUCUUACCUUAUGCGUAUGUUAAUUCUCCUCAAACACAGAAACAAAACAACACAAGUAGAUGAUGCAGUUUUUAUAGUUACUCCAUUUUAA